AUGGCUUGGAACAAUUGCGAAGAGGCGAGGAGCAACGUACACCUGCUGCCGCUCAAUCCUAAACUGUCAGCCGGACGGAUACCGCCGCAGCGUUGCAGGAAAGCGCAGAAGCCGCCACGUGAGGUCUGGGAGUAUGAAGGAACAGGAAAGUGUCAGAGGCUUAGAAAGCGGCUUAUCUACCCGCCGGCGUCCCCGGACGAAGUGGAACGGCCGCCGCCGGGCUUCGAGUGCACCACCGAGUGGCAGACAACGAAGCCGGUGUGUUCCGGCUUGUUCCGCGCGUUGGGCGAAUACUACGACGAAGCUUGGUUCCCCACGUUGAUCAGAGAGUGGAGUCUGCUGUACUACCAGUGUAACCACACAUGCGACUACUGGCAGUACAAAGACGAAUGGCUGGCCGGCGACGAGGAAGUCCGAGUGACCGUGUGGGCGGAGAUACUUCGACACAGAUCGGCGUUCGACAAGAAAAGAGAAGAACGAAAACGGCAGCUGAUGGCCGCUGGCCAAUGCGAAGCUGAAGUGGAGGAAAACAUUGAUAAAGCGAUCGACAUGUGCGCAGCAAUAAACGAAGCCAAUGAGUUGAUUAACGUGAAAAAGACGGACGUGAAUCCGAAAGCUGAUUACGAGGACGAAGAGGCGGUGGCCGAGAGGUGUCGCCUGGAAAAAGAGAUGGCCGAGAUAGCGAUGGCCGAUCCGGACGACGACCCCGAUUGGGUGGAGAUGCGGCGUCGGAUGCGCGGUUCGUUCGCCGCGCUCAACCUGGCGCAACACGAAGUCGACCACGAGCUGCUCGACCACAUCAUGAUCGAGCUGUGCAAGUACUGGUCUAGAGCGCCGGCCAUCGAGCACGAAGUCGACCCGUUGCUCGAGCGAAACAUAAUGCGGGAAAUCCGCAGCUUCAGGAAAAGAUUGUUCGGCGUCGCCGAGCUGGAAGAACCGCUGGAACAACAGUGCGUGCCGCCGCCGUCGCCCUCGCCGUGCCGGCGUCGGCAGAACGACUGUGUAGAGGCGGUCCCGUCGCACCAGAACGAUGCUUGUGCGUCGCAACCGCCGCGACGGCGUCCGUUGAACGCCAAUGCCUCGCCUGCCAUGAACGCGGCGGCCAAGGCUAGGAUGCGAAAAAACGCUAGAAACAAAUAA